GGUAAAACGUCGAUAUACGAGGUCUUGUUCAAUGGCAUGGAGCCGAAGGAGACGUUCUACAUCGAGACGACUACCAGGUUGACGAAGUAUCACUACGAUACCGUUAUCCCCCUUGAAAUAUGGGACUGUCCAUGGAAUACAACACCAGAGACACUUGGGACAUCGCUAGCGGAGUUCUCGGCCUUGGUGUUCAUCAUAGACAUCCAUGACAUGUAUCAAUCCCCUAUUGCGAGGCUCCUCGAAUACGUUGUGGCAGCCGCCUCUGAAAAUCCCGACCUGAACAUCGAGGUCUUCGUGCACAAAUCUGAAGCACUCCCGGAGGAUCUCAAGUACGAGCACUUCCGCCACAUCCAGACAAGGGUGCUGGAAGAAUUGUUCGACGCGGAAUACGACCAGAUACCGCUCAACUUCUACUUGACUUCUGUCUACGACCAUACAAUACACGAGGCGUUUUCUCGGGUACUUCACAAGCUGAUCGAUUCUCUGCCGUAUAUGGAGGAGCUCCUGAACGUCUAUUGCGCUAACUCACAGUCAUCCAAAGCAUUCCUCUUCGACGUUCACUCCCGGCUAUACGUUGCUACUGACGCAUCGCCGGUUGACACCGCUACUCAUAAUUUGUGUUGUGAUUACUUACAGAUGCUAUACGCAUUUGGCCCACUGUACAAGUGCGUCCGGUUAUAUACCGCUGUCCACAAGUUCCGCUGCUGA